AUUUUGCACAUAUUUCUUCAGAAAUUUAAUUGAUUUUCAUUAUUAUUACUCAUGAUUGUUCAAGGUAUUUCCAGACUGUAUUUGGACCACCAGCCAUUUUGUUAUAUCGCUCAUCAGCUCAAGCUCAAUUACAUACAUAUUGUAGCUUGGAUACCUGGUAGAUAUAUUCAAGAUUCAAAAUGCCAGUUUCAUGGCUAUUUGAUAUGGCUAUUCAAUUGGCAAUUCAAUUGGCCAUUAAAAAUAGCUACUCAGUAGUUCUUGUCAUACUAGAAUCCUGCAAAUCAGAUGCACUGGUGAUUCAAACACUAUCCAAACUCUUCAAUGCACAGCAACUCAGUGUGCCAGCGAACUCCAGCAUGGUAUGUGAAAUCACUAUCUGGUGAAUCGUUAUUGCACACAACAAACACCACCAUCACUCACCACUACCACCCACCACUAGCAAAAAACAGAAUCCAAUAAGCACAAAGUAGAAAACACUGGAAAUAUCGUAUUCAAUUCGAAAUAUAGCAUAUGUCGUAUCCCGCUUUACUGCUGUUGACCCUGUUGUGUGAUGACCAUUGUGUUUGCCCAGAUCAACAA